UUGUACUCCGCCAAGUGAACAAGUCGCGUUCGUUUUUUGGUCUCACGAUUUCUUUUCCUUUCCGUUUCGUUUCGUUUUGUUCGUUCGGUUGUUUUCAAUUUUCCCAACUUUUCGCGUUCAUUUCGCUAUAGUUUUUUCUUUCGUUUGCGUUUCUUUGGAAAAUACGGUGCGUGUGUCAAACUCCGGAAGUCUGCUUGUCAUCAACUGACGAAUUCCAAUCAAAAAGAAAAACAAGAAGGAGAAGAGAUAAAACAGCAAGCCUGGAUUAGGAGUUUGGCGCAAAUCGCGUGUGUUCAUUUCGACAAAAGUGAGUGAGCGGAAAAGUUUAAAAAUAUCGAAGCGAAUAUUUUUGCCCCCUUUUCGGGACAGAAGUGUGAUUUACGGCACGUUUCCAUUGAAAAGGUGUCUUUUGCACGAGCAAGUAAUAAUUUUCCGACGGAAUUCGGGGUAAUCGGUGAAGUGUAUGUUAUGUAAAGUCGAAUUCGACACCCCGUGAGAGUGUGAUAAAAAGGAGCAAAAGUGUCGAACGCCGAAGACGCCGUCGUCGUACGUGAAAUGAGUGCAAAUAUUAUUUAGAAGAGCAAGCAGUUGGAAUAUUCGGCGGCUAAAAAUAGCAUUAUCCAUUACUUUUGUUUGAGACUUGUUUAUUUUUGUAGAUAAGAAAAUCCUUCAUUUGAAUUACAGAGCAACUGCGGGACCGUUCCAAAGCCGAGCAUAGCUAAACGCGGUGUGUGUCACCUUUUCCUCCGUUUCUGCAGGUCACAGGGCGGAAAGAACCCGGAACGAAUAUCAUCAGUAUUACUAUUGUAUAAGUCAAAGGAAAAAAGGAGAACUAAAAUCAGUCGGAGGAAUCCAAUAAAUCCAGAAAUAGAAGAAAAUAACGACUGCUACAAGAAUAAGGAAGCGAUAAGCCAAAUCGAGACUACUUUUUACUAUAGUGCUUAUACACACUCACAAAAACACACGUACUUCCAUACCGACUAUAUAACGCCCGGACACUUUUUACAAGUGCCGAAAGGAUAGCGAAAGAGGGACUUUUAAUAGCAUACUAGCGACGAAACACCAUUACGAUUACGGCAGACAGCAGCGAGUCGGAGACGAUUGUCAUGAUGACGAACGGAAUCUCUGCAGACAACCAGCAGAACGGCGGAAGCCAGGAGGAUUCCAAGACCAAUUUGAUUGUCAAUUAUCUGCCCCAGCAGAUGACCCAGGAGGAGAUUCGCUCGCUCUUCUCCAGCAUCGGCGAGGUGGAGAGCUGUAAGCUCAUAAGAGACAAAGUUACGGGUCAAAGCUUGGGCUACGGAUUCGUCAACUAUCAGAAGGUGGAAGAUGCGAGCAAAGCGAUCAAUACACUCAACGGCCUAAGGCUGCAAAAUAAACAGAUCAAGGUAUCAUUUGCACGACCAAGUUCCGAAGCAAUAAAGGGAGCGAACCUGUACGUUUCCGGGCUGCCGAAGAAUAUGCUGCAGGCCGAUCUGGAGUCACUCUUCAGUUCGUACGGACGUAUCAUCACCUCCCGCAUACUGUGUGACAAUAUUACAGCACGUCAAUAUUCUUCACCUUCUGGAGAAACUUCACCUGGUCUUUCCAAGGGCGUCGGCUUCAUCCGCUUCGACCAGCGCAUCGAAGCCGAAAAGGCCAUCAAAGAGCUGAACGGCACGAUACCGAAGGGAUCCACCGAACCGAUCACGGUCAAGUUCGCCAACAAUCCGAGCAACACGAAAACCGUUCCACCACUAGCGGCCUAUCUGGGACCACAGGCAGCCCGGCGCUUCCCCGGUCCGAUGCACCAUCCGACGGGACGAUUCAGUGCUAUUCCGAAUUACAGAUAUUCGCCGCUAGCAGGGGAUCUUCUGGCCAAUUCGAUGAUUCCGACCAAUGCCAUUGCCAACGGGUCCGGGUGGUGCAUCUUCGUGUACAAUCUGGCACCGGAGACGGAGGAGAAUGUGCUGUGGCAGCUGUUCGGCCCAUUCGGUGCGGUGCAGUCCGUUAAGGUCAUCAAGGACCUUCAGACGAACAAGUGCAAAGGCUUCGGCUUUGUCACGAUGACCAACUACGACGAAGCAGUCGUAGCGAUCCAGUCGCUCAACGGAUACACGCUCGGCAAUCGGGUCCUUCAGGUUAGUUUCAAGACUAACAAGUCGAAGAACUCGUAAGGUGCUGAUGCUGCUGCUGCUGCUGCUGCUCCCCAGUAGACCGGAAACGUAUGAUCGUCAGCUCACCGUAUGGAUUGACAGGUGAACUAGCCGAUUAGAUACGAUUUUUAGUUUUGUUACGACGAUUCACACGGAAAGUGGUGAUUUUAAUUUCAACGAACCCUAAGUUUAAGAACACGUAGAAAGCAAAAUGUCAGUAUUUCGACCUCGACACGGGCAGAAAAGUAUCUUCUUCCAAAGAUAAACAAAAAAUAAUCCAAAGAGAGAUAGAGAGAGAUGGUGAAAAAGAAUCCUCCAAAAUAUACACAUGUAGGUAGUAGAUCCAAGAUUGUGACAAACUAAUGGCCAACGAAUGUGCGGUCGAUCUUGAUCGGUGAUCAAGGGUAAUUCAAUUCCAAGAUUUUUGUGUGCGAAUCAGAGGGGGAGAGUUUUUUCCCCACCACCACAAGAGGCUCCAUUUUUCAACCGUUUACAGAGUCAAAACGAGUUUUGAUAGAGAGAAAUCUUUUCUUUUUGAUAGACAAAUUUAGUCACAUGUGACCGGUAUGCAUGAAAGGUAGGAAAUUUUUUAUACAAACAGUAUAAGCAAGUUGAGGCAGGAGAGCACGAAAGGGAGGAGUUUUGAGGAUAGUGCUGUUUAAUUUUUAAUUUUUGAGUUUGUUACCUCUAGCGUGAUUAAUUUUUUUGGUUGAAUUUUUCGAAAACUAUUUUGUUUAGUUCGAUGAGUUUUCUUUACGGGAUCGGUUCUGUAAUGCUUUAAUUUGUUAUUUGGAGGAUUUCUUUGCGUAUAACAGCUGUACCAACAAUUACUAUGAUUUUAACUUGUUAAGCCAUGAGUCAGUUUUUUACUUGUUUGGGUUUUCUAUUGUAUUUUUGUUGAAUAAAAAAUAAAUAAAUAACAGUCUGUUCGUCGCCCAAUUGAAACAAUCCUCCACAUCUGAGUCAAUCUAAGUCAAAAGCACGACAUCUACAGGUGUCGUUGCUGCAACGAAUUCGAUUCUAGUCCUUUGAUUUCGAUUAUAGUUAUCAGUACGUAUUUAUAUGCUUAAUCAAUCUUUGUGUAUGUAUCGAUGUGUUAAUAUGAUUUAUCUUAUUCUCGUGUAUUUGUAUAUGAUUUAAGAAGUUUAUUUGUCAGUUAAUUCACUAUAAUUGUUUAUAUUCAGUGCAUGGUAAUUAUAAUUUCACUGUUAAGAGUACAUUCAAUGUAAUUCGAAGACGAAUUUAUUCUGAAUUAGUUAAUUAUUAUCUUAGUUGGCAUCAGUUUAUCGGUUGUCUUGAUUUAUUGUGCACUAUACUGUGAAAUGAACAAUGAGGAAAGAGUAAAGCGAAUUGUACAAUAUUUGAUUGAGUUUGUCUUUUUAUUUACGGUUUCAUUUUGUCAUUAUGAUUCAUUUGAGUUCGGAU